UCUAACAUGGCGGCGUCCUGUGUUUGGAACGUUUCUAAAGUAUGGCGAGGAAAAUCAUUUAUUCUGAAAAUUACGGCAUUGCCUUUGUUUCCGAGAGCUACGUUUUAUAGUUCUCCAAAGACUAGAAACCGACUUCUCUUCACGAUGCACAAGCGAGGCGUAUUAAAAGACUCUUUUCCCGAACACGCGUCUCAGGUUCAGCUACCACAGCUACUUAAAACGGGUGCGCAGACUGUGUACUGUGGGUUUGACCCCACCGCCGACAGCCUCCACACCGGGAAUCUACUCGCUGUUAUCGGCCUGCUUCAUUUCCGUAACGCGGGGCAUAAUGUGAUCGCACUAAUCGGCGGUGCUACUGCCCAGAUCGGUGAUCCAAGUGGCAAAACGAAGGAGAGGGAGCGACUCUCAUCUGCAGCUGUUGAGGGAAACGCCAGGAGUAUUCUGGACAGUUUAAACAGAAUAUUCACAAAUCACGAACUGUAUUUUUGCAGCGACCCAAAGAAACUAGGCACCAUAUCUAUAGUAAACAAUGCCAGCUGGUACAAAGACUGGAAUGUAGUGGACUUUUUGUCAGACGUGGGGCGACAUUUUCGAAUGGGCACUUUGCUGAGCAGGCACAGCGUCCGGUCCCGGUUAAAGAGUGCGGAAGGCAUGAGUAUGACCGAGUUCUCAUACCAGCUGUUUCAGGCUUAUGACUUCUUUUAUCUGCACCAGCUAUACGGUUGCAAGAUACAGCUCGGAGGAACAGAUCAACUCGGGAACCUAAUGUCUGGCCAUGACUUAAUUCACAAAAAGAUAGGUGAGGAGGUUUAUGGACUGACCAUUCCUCUGGUGACCACUUCAGUGGGAGACAAGCUGGGGAAGACCGCUGGCAAUGCAUUGUGGCUGAACUGGGACAAAACAUCUCCAUUUGAGUUCUAUCAGUACUUCCUCAGGCUGCCAGACAGCACAGUGGAAAGAUACCUGAAGCUGUUCACCUUUCUGCCUCUGGAUGAAGUGGAGAAGGUGAUGGAACAGCAGAGGCAGGACCCUGGAAAAAGGAGUGCCCACAAGCGUCUGGCUGCUGAGGUCACCAAGCUGGUCCAUGGGAAGGAGGGUCUGGAGAGUGCCAAAAGGUGCACCAGCGCUCUAUACCACAGCAGCCCUGAGGCCUUGGAUCAGAUGGAUGAUGCCGAGUUGAAGGAGUUGUUUAGAGGAGCUCCAUUCCAGGAGUUCUUUCUGGAUCCAGGCACCACCGUGCUGGAUGCCUGCCACCGGUGCCAGGCUAUCCCUGAAGGAGCCAGAGGGUAUGGGAUGAUAACUGAUGGUGGUGUGUGGAUUAACCACCAGAGGGAGUCAAACCCUGAACAAGUGCUGGUCCCAGGUCAGCACAUCCUUUCAAAUGGACUCAGUCUUAUCCGAGUGGGCAAAAAGAACUUCUACAUCAUCAAGUGGCUCAGUAUGUGAUUGACGUCUCCUGGCAGGAGGACAUGAGGAAGCUGCACUGAGCACAGAGUGGAUAUAGAAGAAUAGAUGAGAUGUAUCUAGAGUUUCCCAUCAAAUUAUUCUGCUCAUGUGUGUUUACACACACUUGUUUUUGCAGGCAUAUGUUCGUGACAUUGUCUCAGGAAUUAUAUUGUUCUGUUCUGAUGAGUAAGAAUUUGUUUGGGGGGGGGGGAUUAAAACAAAUUCUCCAUUUCACCACCAGAUGUCAGUAGAAUCCUUUUUUUUUUUUUUACAUUUUAAUUGACCUUUUUCUAUACGAGUUUCUCCAAAGUCUUUUCAUUAGACGAAUAAUUUAUUUAUAGUUUUUCUAAGUUCUUGUUAACUCAUUUUUUCUUCUGUAAUGAGUGGUACUACUAUAGGGAAGGAAAACAAUUUUGUAAUGAAACAUAGGGCAAUGCGUUAUAUAAGGACCCUGCAAUAAGUGGGUUAUGGGUUUAAUUAAUUGUUUUACUAUGAAUAUAAAGUAUAAAAUUUAGAAAAAAGGAAUGAGCAGAAGUGUAAUGUAGCCUAUAGUGAACAUCAAACAUAGUAAACUAAAACCUGAAUAAAGAAGUCAAAGAAUGCUGCAA